GAAUCCGCUCAGUGAGAAGAUUCUCCUUUGACAGCAGGCCCAAUUUUCAAAACGUAGGAAAGCAUCAUCAGCGAAAAAGUGACGAGAAUUCGCGUUCCGACCUUAUCCGCACCUGCCAAUUCUGUACCAGUCCAAUGAUAAUUGUGUGUGCCGCAGGAACAUUUGUGUGUGGUGCUGAAUCACCGUCGCAAUAGAAUCGUCGCCGUAGGAUUUGAUGGUGUUGUGAGCUGCACAAUUUACAUUUGCCGAAACCAGUUCCGACAAGUUUUGAAGUGACUCUGGUUAAGUGGAUCAAAUCAGCUGUUCGUCUGACUCUAAAUCUGUCCGUGCGUACGGCGGUGACGGCGGUUGCGUUUCGUUUGCAUUCUAAAACGACUGAAAACCGGGAUCAUAUUGCAUUGUGCUGUUGAGUGGAACGCGCGGCAUGAAUUUGAGCAGCUCCGGUGGAGGCGGUACCGGCACCUCAGCGAACACUUCUGGCAGCAGCGGCGGUAGCGGAGGCUCCUACUCGGCCGUCGGAGGCGGCAGUGUUGGUGCCGGAGGUAGCAGUGCAAACAGCGCCAGCGUUAGUGCGGCAACAGGUAGCGGAGGGUACGGUAGCGGCAGUGGAGGAUCGGGCAGCGAGAUGCCUGCGGAAAUUAUUCGCCCAAAGGUUGUGACGGUGAAGCACCCGGAAUCGAACAAACCGAAACCGACCACCAAGAAGGGAAAAGCGAUACAAGCCGAUGUGGACGUCAUCAAAGAAUUCCAGCGCUGCAAGGAGGAGAACAUUCAGCGGCUGGAUUUGAGCAAAUCCUCCAUCACGGUCAUACCGGCCUCGGUUAAAGACUGCACGAGCUUGGUCGAGUUCUAUCUGUACGGAAACAAGAUCUCCUCGCUGCCCCCGGAGAUUGGAUGUCUGGCGAAUCUGAAAACGUUGGCGCUGAACGAGAAUUCCCUUACGUCGCUACCUGACUCGCUGCAAAAUUUAAAGCAACUGAAAGUGCUCGAUUUGCGGCAUAAUAAGCUGUCGGAUAUACCGGAUGUGAUUUACAAGCUGCACACAUUAACUACACUCUAUCUGCGCUUCAACCGAAUCCGUGUCGUAGGAGACAAUCUGAAGAAUCUAAGCAGCUUGACGAUGCUUAGCUUGAGAGAGAACAAGAUUCACGAGCUACCAGCAGCAAUCGGUCAUCUAGUGAAUCUGACGACAUUGGACCUUUCGCACAAUCACCUGAAGCAUCUGCCCGAAGCGAUUGGCAAUUGCGUUAACCUAACUGCACUGGAUCUGCAGCAUAACGAUCUACUGGACAUACCGGAAUCGAUAGGUAAUUUGUCGAACCUGAUGCGACUCGGGUUGCGCUACAACCAGCUGACGUCAAUUCCAGUGUCACUGAAAAACUGCACGCAUAUGGAUGAGUUCAACGUGGAGGGGAACGGCAUCAGCCAGCUGCCGGAUGGGUUGCUAGCUAGCUUAAGCAACUUGACCACAAUCACUCUAUCGCGCAAUGCGUUCCACAGCUAUCCAUCUGGCGGCCCAGCCCAGUUUACGAACGUGACAAGCAUCAAUCUGGAGCACAAUCAGAUCGACAAGAUACAGUAUGGAAUAUUUUCCCGUGCCAAAGGACUAACUAAGCUGAACAUGAAGGAGAACGCGCUGACUUCGCUACCGCUCGACAUCGGUACCUGGACCCAGAUGGUGGAGCUAAACUUCGGUACCAACUCGCUGACGAAGCUUCCGGACGACAUACACUGCCUGCAAAACCUGGAGAUUCUCAUUCUAUCGAACAACCUGCUGAAGCGAAUACCAAACACGAUAGGCAAUCUGAAGAAGUUGCGCGUGCUCGAUCUCGAAGAAAAUCGGCUAGAGUCGCUGCCGUCGGAGAUCGGGCUGUUGCACGAUUUGCAGAAGUUGAUACUGCAGUCGAACCAGCUGAGCGCACUACCACGCACAAUCGGUCAUCUGACAAACCUGACGUACCUGUCGGUCGGGGAAAACAAUCUGCAGUUCCUGCCGGAGGAGAUCGGCACGCUGGAGAACCUGGAAUCGCUCUAUAUUAACGAUAAUCCAUCGCUAAUUAAGCUACCGUACGAGCUGGCCCUGUGCCAGAAUCUUGCGAUUAUGAGCAUCGAAAACUGUCCGCUGUCGGCCCUUCCACCAGAGGUAGUCAGUGGGGGUCCAAGUCUCGUCAUACAGUACCUCAAGCUUCAUUCGCCAUACCGACAAAUGUGAUUUGCUAGCAAAACGAUCGCUCUUUGCCGCGAGCAUUGCGUGUGUAGUGCUUUCCAUGCGUAUAGAUUGUGGAUCGCGCCGUACCCGUCGUUAUCCUUUUCGGCCUAGCCGUCGAUAUUGUGUUUAAUGUUGUGAAACCACCCCCCUCCCAAACCAAAACCACGCCACGGAUGGAAAUCACAUUUAAAAUAGCAUAAAAAGUAAACGAAAUGCACAUACGAGAAGAAAAAAAAAACACACACACAAAAACACAAAACAAAUUCAAUCAAUGUGAUUAAAAUAAAGCUUUAAUGUUAUUGCUUAUUAAACAAACAAAAAACAAAAAAGGAAUACACAAAGCAUACGACAGCGUGGACGUCAAAUUAGCGCUCAGUGCAGAAUGUAACGGCAAUGCGGUAUUUAUGAACACUCUAUUCAUCAAAACGAACCGCGACCGAUAAACAAACAAAAUACUUCGUUAUUGUUUCAUAAACUGUUAACUGAAAUUGUGUGUGCGAAUGGAAAUGCUCUCGAGUCGGUCUCCUUUAGUGUUGUGUUUUACAUGUUUUACGGCGUGCACGAACGACUAGUUGUCUUUUCCCUUUCUGGAAACAGUGAAAACAAGAAGAAAUGUGACAAUAGUGGCAAAAGCAGACGCGCAAUGAACGACAGUAUUUAUUGGAUGGAAUUUUUAAAUUGCGAUACACCUACAUUUGAAGUGAUAGUUUGCUGGAGAACCACAUAUUAUUGUGCUUGCACGAGACUUUCGAUUGGGAUAUGAUGGAAUUGCUACAAGUAGUUACAAUUUCGACUUCUUGAUUGAGUUCCCCGAGUUUCUACCUAAUUAUAAUACAAAAAUCAAUACCCAGGAAAAAUAUCUUUCGAAUGCAUAAUUUACACAUACAACUUGCAAAAGGAACCGUGAUUUUAUUUAAAAAAUAUUAUGUGUAUGUGCGAUAUUUAAAAAAAAUCACUAGCGUCUAACAACUUGAACGAUUUAUUUGAUGUUUUAUUAUAUUUGAUGAUUUCUUUUUGAAUGCGGAUUAUUAUCAUCAAUGUUAUUAUUAUGAGAAGAUGUGAAAAUCAUGAAGCAAAGAUGGUAUAGAUUUUAUUCGGCAUAACUAUCAAAGUAAUUCCUACAGUGAUAAGGUCGAUCUUGUUUUAUAAUAUUUUAUUCGUUAAAAAAAACCUUCUAUAAUCCCAUAGUUAUUUGGUAAAUUUUCUUUGUUCGGUACAGUAUUUGCGAAAAAAAGAGUGGUUGGCAAGAAAUGAUUUUAUGAAUGUUAUUUUAAAAAAAUAGUUUGAUAAGCGAUAAUGUAUCAUUUCUUGUAAUUGUAACAUUAUUCAUGGCAAUAUGAGGAUUCCGGAAUACAGAUUACUGCAACGAAUUUAAAGCUUUUGAACGUUAAUGUGAAUGGAUAGUAGAAACGUUAAACGAAGGAACAAAAACAUAAAUAUGUCUUUUGAAUGAUGCGUACGCUAAAAAGUAACGUUUGUAUAACUUGUAUGAGUUUGGGAGGUGCACUCUCGCGAGACUCAUUGAUUUGACUAUGCGCUUUUAAAAGCGAAUUGUGACCAUUUCAAACUUUUGUUUGCGAAUAUCCGUUGGAUCGUCAUUUUAAUCUAGUCAUUAAAAAACAAUAAAUUUGAUUAUUUUAGUUACACAGUGUGGUGUGACCUGAGGCUAAAUAGUAAAGAUUAAGUGUAAACGAAAAAAAAACUAAGAUAAAAAUAUCUAUGACAAAAAAACGAAACAUUUAAAAGAAGUUAGCAAACACAAACACAGUUUAAGCAGCUCAAACAGUUUAACAAUCUGGUACCCAGAAAUCAGUUAAAACAACGUAGAGUGGAAUGCGUAAAUGGCCUAAAUAAUUAAAUGUAGCGAUGAAAAAAUAAUACUAAAGAAGCUAAAUGAACAGUAGAAAACACGACACAAAAAAGAAAACAUGCGCUAACAUUAUAAAAAUAAAAUAACGUGUACAUUGAAAGGAUUGUGUGCAAAUGAAGCGAAACUUCCUUACACAACAAAAAUGUAAAACAUGACGUAAAAAUAUCAGUUUAAAUGUUACAAAAAUACGACGAUGCACGCAGGACAACAACACAGGUUGAUCUCUAACUAUCGUUGAGAUUUACAAACAAUACGCGUAGAUCAUACAUACAUCGGAUUGCUAUGGUAAUGUAAUGUCACAAACAAAUAGAUCCGCUGUAUCGUGUUAUAUAUAUAGCGUGUGUUCGUCAAAGAUCGAAUUUAACAGAAAAAAAUAAAGGAAUUGACAUUUUUAAGUACGAUACAUCAUAAAAAGCAUGAAUGUCAUUCCAAUUGGCAAAACAAAAAAAAAAUGGGAAACGUUAGUGAAAAGUGUUUUGAAAAGUUCUCCUUGCUGCACAACACACACUAUUAUAUGAACACGUACACACUGUUGUUCCCUUGCUCAACUUUCGUGUUUCAUAAUCAUACUCAGUUGAAAGCUUAUUCUUACAAGUGCCAUAUGUAUUGUUUACGUGUGAGCAAGCGGAAUGAAUUUUGACGUUACAGAUGAUUUCAAUCGAUAUUUUAAUUGAUUUCAAAUACAAUACACUGCAUAUUUGCAUGUAUGUUUUUGCCACAUCCGAUGUCCAAAAAAGUCUUUGGAGCAUAGCAUGGCAUUACAGGGAUUUUCGAGGGCUCUGGUAAUUUUGGGACAUUUCUUUUGGAUCUUUUCUUCUGGGAAGUGAACAUAAUACGACGGGUCUUGUAAAUCCAGUGCAUGAGAAAUUCCACUCGGAUUUCAAAUGAGCCUGCCCCAAAAGGGUACGGUAUAGUCCAUUUACCAAAAGAAAAGGUCAACAAAAUGUCCCAAAUUUAUCAGAAUCCCUGAAAACUCCGCGUAAUAUGGUGGACAUGUUUGUACUGCAAGGCGGAAGAAUGGGGGAAAAAACAAGAUGUGGAUGUUGGAAUAGCCCGUACACCAUCUUUUAUUAUUAACAUUAACGUGGAAUAUGUACGGAAGGAACAUAAUAUAACAAAAAAGAUACUAACCUAGAAGUGUAGCACAUAAGAUUAACACAGACACACUAAAUGUAUAAAAUAUGCUGAGAGCAACCGAUUAUAUUUAAAUUUAUAUGUAAUGCGAACCAUGAGUACGCAUGAUCAUGAUAUAAUAUGAUUUGAUAUAGAAAUAUCAGCAUGUAUUUUACUAGCCCAAGCGAGGGCCGGGGAAUCUAGAACAGGAGCCAGUAAAAGCGAGCGAAAGUAGAUGAAAAUACGAAAAUACGCACACAGACAAAACACAAAAGCAUUCUGAUUCAACGUAGUAGCAAAUACUACGCCAGGAGAUGGUGGAAAAUAGCAUUUGAAUUGUGAGAGACAGUAUCGCUAAUCAAUGCGAGGCAGCAGCAGCUCGGUCGUAUGUAUAGAAAAAAAAGCAAAUUUAGUAGUGAUCCUCGGAUCCCCGCGGAACCCCCCACGGCAUGUCAAACAUGUGUCAUAUAUAGUACAUAUAUUUAGCAUUCGUGAAAAGUAUAAUUAUAAAAUCACUACAAACACAGGGCUUCUCUAGUGACAGGGUUGUGAAUCAGCCCGUAAGUGGUAGGAAACGCAGAAGUAACCGACUACAACUUUAGUUCAUAUGAAUAGCUAUGAAAUAUAUCUGGCAAACGAAUAUUAGAGUAUGAUACCAAAAUAAAGCAAAAACAACAUAACAAAAGUACAGCGAAAAAAUGGUUGCAAAUUUGAAUGUUAAGAACAAUGGACGCGCUCGUUUAGAGAGACAGUAAGAGAAGCAAGACAAAAUUAAUAUCGACAGUCUUGUGUUCAAACGCGGUGUUAGAUUUCAUAGCAUUAUAUGGCGAAGUUAACGAGAAACAACAUUUAUUAUCCUUUUCUAUUUUUCUUCUUCUUCUUUAUGAUUUGAAAAUGUGAGCUCCUGUUGAUUGAAACGUUGUUAGACCCAGACGAAGAGCUAGCAUUAUAGGGGUUUACAGGGGUUCACCUAAUUUUGGGACACCUUCGUUACUUUUUCUUAUAGGAAGUGAACUUUUUUA